CUCUCUCUGAGCGUCUGAUCUGAAGGAAAUGAUUUCAGAACAGGAUGUUUGGAAGGUUUCUGUAGGUCUGGUUUACUGGAUGUCUGCAGGGAUGCGUCCGCUCUGAGCGAUGAGCGUGUUGAACCACCUCAGGGCUCGGAGCAGGAGUCUGUUCUGCAGCUACAAGCCCGGCGGACGGAUCCACCAGGUCCAGGAGCCGAUCGAUCACCUGGACCUGAUCAGCUCCUUCAUCAAGCCAUGGAACUCCAUGCAGGACCUGAGCAGAGACAUCUACGACCUUUAUGCCGAGUACGAGCGCGAAGAGGUGGAGGACCGGCUGCCGGUGUCGCCGUCUCACGUUCUGAUGUCUCCAACCAAACACCUGACCCUCAACAUCAACGUUGGAGGAACGGUUUACCUCCUGCCGUACAGAUUAGCCGCCCGCUACCCAAAGACCCGGAUCGGCCGUUUGGCCACCUACACAGACCACAGCAAGAAGCUGGACCUCUGUGAUGAUUACAUCGUCCAGAGCAACGAGUUCUUCUUCGACCGAGACCCAAAAGUUUUCCACAACAUCUUCAACUUCUACAGAACCGGAGUGCUGUGCAUUAAGGAGGAGUUGUGUCCGCAUCACUUCCUGGAGGAGAUCCACUACUGGGGCGUGAGGAUCAAAUACACGCAUCGCUGCUGCCGCAUCUCGUUUGAGGAGCGGCAGGACGAGCUGACCGAGCAGCUGAAGGUCCAGAAGGAGCUGCUGGCCGAGCUGGAGCUGGAGGAAAGCGACUCCAUGUUUGAUCACAUGACCUUUGGCCCGACCCGGAGGAAGAUCUGGAACCUGACGGAGAAACCGUUUUCCUCCAUCACCGCCAAGCUGAUGGGCGUGGCCUCUUCCUUCUUCGUGCUGGUCUCCCUGGUCGCCAUGACGCUCAACACCGUGGACGAGAUGCAGUACAAGACGCCGUCGGGUCAGCCCAGUGGACGGUUCUACGGCGAGGGCGUUGAGACGCUCUGCAUCACCUUCUUCACCCUGGAGUACCUUCUGCGGCUGAUCUCCACGCCGGACCUGAAGUGCUUCCUGCGCAGCGUCCUGAACACGGUGGACCUGAUCGCCAUCCUGCCGCACUACCUGCAGAUGCUGCUGGAGGGCUUCGAGGACGAGGACGUCCACCGCCACGCCGGGGACAUCGAGACUGUCGCGCGCGUCGGCAAGGUGGGUCAGGUUCUGAGGAUCAUGCGUCUCAUGAGAAUCUUCAGGAUCCUGAAGCUGGCCCGUCACUCCACUGGGUUGAGAGCGUUUGGGUUCACUCUGAGGCAGUGCUACCAGCAGGUGGGCUGUCUGCUGCUCUUCAUCGCCAUGGGCAUCUUCAUGUUCUCAGCCAUGGUGUACAGCGUGGAGCACGACGUCUACAACACCAACUUCACCUCCAUGCCUCACGCCUGGUGGUGGGCCGCGGUGAGCAUCUCCACGGUGGGAUACGGCGACAUGCUCCCGGAAACCAACCUGGGCCGCGUCUUCGCCUUCGCCUGCAUCUCGUUCGGCGUCAUCCUGAACGGGAUGCCCAUCUCCAUCCUCUACAACAAGUUCUCCGACUACUACACCAAGCUCAAGUCCCACGAGUUCGCCAUGGUCAGCCGGGCGCGAGGGAAGAUCCGCUUCAUCAAGAGGGCCGCCAAGCGCUUCGCCGACUGCUGCGACGACGUCGCUCAGGCGAAGCCGCCUGGAGGGCGACGGUUGGUGGGCGACAACGACGACGGAGUGAAGUGCGGUUACUAAACGUCAGAACCUGAACCUCCAUCCAUCAGCUGUACCCGCCUGUCUUUCCCGAGAGAAAACAAACACAUCCAAAGAGCAGCAAAUUUAGCUUUGUUGCAGCAAAUGCAUUGAGAUGGACUGGGAUGGAGCGCCAUCAGGUGUUCAGUUUGUAAUAACAGAAAACAAUGGCGGUCCAUUUUCCAAAGUCAUUUUCUCACCAUGUUACUUAUUACUAAAUGUUUAGUUUGGAGCUAAAUAUGUAAACUAAAUACUUAGCUCUAAAUAAAUACUUAGCUUGCUAACAAAAUGUUUAGCUUAUAGCUAAAUAAUUAGCCUCUAAACAGCUAAUAUUUAGCUUGAUAAGUACAUGUUUAAUACAAAGCAAACACCAUCAGUUAGCAAGCAAAAUAUUUAGUCUUGAGGAUGAAUAUUUUACUUACUAAAUAUUUAGUAAAAUUAGAAAAAAAAUACUUAAUAAAAAUAUUUAGUUUUUAGUCGAAAUAUUUAGCUCAGACUAAACACAAUUAGCUAUAAAAAUAUUGUUUUUGAAGCUAAGAAUUGAGCUUGAGGCUAAACAUUUAGCUUGCUAACUAAAUAUUUUGUUUGAAGCUUUUGUUUCUGGUUGUAGCAUUUUAGCUAAUAAUCUCUAAAAUAUAAUUUUUCUACUCAAUUUUUAAAGAAACUUCACUUUCAAUUUGUGGCACAUGUUUCUGCCGAGGUCAGCAUUUGAAUAUGGAAUCUGCAAAAACCAAAAGGAGGAAAUUCAAAACUGUGCCAUAAAUGUUUGUUUUUAAAUAUAUUCAGUCAUUUGUUGUGUUUGUUCAACCCUGAGAAAUCAACAUGUUUUUACACAAGCAAGUGAGGAUGAGAUGUAAAAUAUUUAAUCAUUAAUAAUAAUAAUAACACUCUGAACACAGAAUAUUUCAAUAAUCUUUAUUUUCUUCUCAGUUAA